CUCCUCACUCCCAACAAUGGCGGCUCCGAGCCCGAGCGGCGGCGGCGGCUCUGGGGGCGGCAGCAGCAGCGGCGCCCCGGGCUCCGUAGGGUCCCCGGCGCCGGGCCACCCGGCCGUCAGCAGCAUGCAGGGUAAACGCAAAGCACUGAAGUUGAAUUUUGCAAAUCCACCUUUCAAAUCUACAGCAAGGUUUACUCUGAAUCCCAAUCCUACAGGAGUUCAAAACCCACACAUAGAGAGACUGAGAACACACAGCAUUGAAUCGUCAGGAAAACUGAAGAUCUCCCCUGAACAACACUGGGAUUUCACUGCAGAAGACUUGAAAGACCUUGGAGAAAUUGGACGAGGAGCUUAUGGUUCUGUCAACAAAAUGGUCCACAAACCAAGUGGGCAAAUAAUGGCAGUUAAAAGAAUUCGGUCAACAGUGGAUGAAAAAGAACAAAAACAACUUCUUAUGGAUUUGGAUGUAGUAAUGCGGAGUAGUGAUUGCCCAUAUAUUGUUCAGUUUUAUGGUGCACUCUUCAGAGAGGGUGACUGUUGGAUCUGUAUGGAACUCAUGUCUACCUCGUUUGAUAAGUUUUACAAAUAUGUAUAUAGUGUAUUAGAUGAUGUAAUUCCAGAAGAAAUUUUAGGAAAAAUCACUUUAGCAACUGUGAAAGCACUAAACCACUUAAAAGAAAACUUGAAAAUCAUUCACAGAGAUAUCAAACCUUCCAAUAUUCUUCUGGACAGAAGUGGAAAUAUUAAACUCUGUGACUUUGGCAUCAGUGGACAGCUUGUGGACUCCAUUGCCAAGACAAGAGAUGCUGGGUGUAGGCCAUACAUGGCACCUGAAAGAAUAGAUCCAAGUGCAUCACGACAAGGAUAUGAUGUCCGUUCUGAUGUCUGGAGUUUGGGGAUCACAUUGUAUGAGUUGGCCACAGGUCGAUUUCCUUAUCCAAAGUGGAAUAGUGUAUUUGAUCAACUAACACAAGUCGUGAAAGGAGAUCCUCCACAGCUGAGUAAUUCUGAGGAAAGGGAAUUCUCCCCAAGUUUCAUCAACUUUGUCAACUUGUGCCUUACGAAGGAUGAAUCCAAAAGGCCAAAGUAUAAAGAACUUCUGAAACAUCCCUUUAUUUUGAUGUAUGAAGAACGUACCGUAGAGGUCGCAUGCUAUGUUUGUAAAAUCCUGGAUCAAAUGCCAGCUACUCCCAGCUCUCCCAUGUAUGUCGAUUGAUAUCGCUGCUACAUCAGACUCUAGAAAAAAGGGCUGAGAAGAAGCAAGACAUAAAGAGUUUUCAUCCUGUAUCACAGUGUUUUUAUUGCU